CAUUAUUUCACCAGUUUGCAGUCAAGAUGAACAUGCUGGAUAUACAUGCUCUUCUUGAGGGGGCGUAUCAAGAAUAAAGCUCAAUGGAUCAAACUGCUGGACUUAAUGGACCUAUUUAUAUUUUAUUUUGUCAAUGGGUCUUUCUAUUCUUUAGCCCAUACGUAUUAGUUAUAAUAGUAUAUAAGCCAAAUGUAUUAUUUAUUUUUGGCAAGCUUUAUGUUGAAACCCUAAGCAAUACUUUCUUCUUCCGUACAUAGCUCUCAAAGAAAACAUUCGUUCUUCAUCUUCUUCUUCAAAUCUUGAAUGUAAUCUUCAAUAUCUUGUAUCCGAUGUAGAUGAGCGGCAGGGUUAACCAGCUCCAAUGGCGUCGUUUCCGUCCGGUGGCGCAACUUCAACUCCUCCCUUUUGUUGACGUCAAAACCCACUCCGGCGAACCGUCCCUCUCUCUGUCAUUUUGUCUCAGCGGCAGAUCCCUGUGGGUCCUUUUCCGACGUCAGGAAAGGCAGCAGCCCAACGGUGGUAUGGCUACUUCAGAGGCUCCAGCUUACUCCUUCUCCGGCGUGGGAAAACAAGUCCGGCAGUACUCCGUCAGAUGUUUUCUCGCUCUUCAGACGAUCAUUAUCAACGAUUCUGGAUUCGUUGGACUCCUCUCGUCCCAAAGAAGAUUGUGGUUGUGUUUUUAAUUCUGGGUUUUGGGUAUAUUGUAGGGUUGGAAAUCUUGAAUAUAUGUGUAUAUACUUAUGUAUGCGUAUGUAUAUAUAUAGCUAGGCGUGUGUAUUUGUUUGUAGGUGUAUGUGUAGAACGAAACACUGAUAUACAUAGUCGUAGCUCGAAGGUUCUACGUCUCCUCAGAUUAGCUUUGGCGUGCGAAGAAUACGCAGGUCGUUGGCAUCCGAGCUUAUCGUUCGUUGUUCUUAUCAAUAUAGCAUGCAGGUCGCUGGUCGCUAAUUAAUAAUACCCCGUAUUGUUAUAAAGAUUUGGCCCGCAGGGAUCUGUUUGCUUUAUCGUCGGUCAAGCAUCGUAAACCGCAAUGAGCCGAUAACAGGGG